CCAUUAUUGUUGCAUUCCACUAUUCUAGUGUGUACCUGUGUUGUACAUAAGAGAUGCCAUAGUUCCGUGGUCACCAAAUGUCCAGGCAUGCGUGAAGAGCAAAAUACCAUGGAAAUGGCGCCGGCCGGUCAGCGCUUCAAUGUCAAUGUGCCGCAUCGCUUUUACGUGCAUAACUAUAAACGUUUUACGUUCUGCGAUCACUGCGGUUCACUGUUGUACGGCCUGAUUAAGCAGGGACUCCAAUGCACACAGUGCAGCAUGAAUGUGCACAAACGCUGCCAAAAGAAUGUGGCCAAUACGUGCGGUAUCAAUACGAAAGAAAUGGCCGAAAUACUCAGUUCACUGGGUAUUUCACCGGACAAACAGGCACAGCCGCGCCGUUCAAAGUAUUUAAAUCAACCGGGUGGCGACGACAGCUACAGCCUAAGCGAUCGCAGUGAUCAGGGUACUGAGAGCAGCACUUCCACACGCAGCUCGAUGAUGUCGGAACGUUCGGGCACAAGCUCUUCGACUACUAUGGCAGGUCUCAGUUCGUUUACGGGUCAAUACUUUGAAUCGCGUCCAGGCAAAACUUCCUUAUCGGAUUUUACUUUCAUCAAAGUGUUGGGCAAAGGCUCAUUCGGCAAGGUGAUGUUGGCCGAAAAGAAAGACACCGAGGAAAUUUACGCAAUUAAAGUGCUGAAAAAAGAUGCCAUCAUACAGGAUGACGAUGUCGAUUGCACAAUGACCGAAAAACGCAUACUGGCCUUGGCCGCCAACCACCCAUUUUUGACAGCAUUACAUUCCUGUUUUCAAACUAAGGAUCGUCUAUUCUUUGUCAUGGAGUAUGUGAAUGGCGGCGAUUUGAUGUUUCAGAUACAAAAAGCACGUCGCUUUGAAGCCGCACGCGCUGCUUUCUAUGCCGCCGAAGUAACGUUGGCACUUCAAUUUUUGCACUCUAAUGGGGUUAUUUAUCGUGAUUUAAAGCUGGAUAAUAUUCUUUUGGAUCAGGAAGGUCAUUGCAAAUUGGCUGAUUUCGGCAUGUGCAAGGAGGGCAUUAUAAAUGGUGUUCUAACUACCACCUUUUGUGGCACUCCCGAUUAUAUCGCGCCUGAGAUAUUAAAAGAGCAAGAAUAUGGUGCCUCUGUCGACUGGUGGGCGUUAGGAGUGCUAAUGUAUGAAAUGAUGGCCGGACAACCGCCAUUCGAGGCUGACAACGAGGAUGAAUUAUUCGAUUCGAUUAUGCAUGACGAUGUACUCUAUCCAGUGUGGUUAUCUAGAGAAGCAGUGUCCAUUUUGAAAGGGUUCCUAACGAAAAAUCCCGAAACCCGUCUGGGGUGCUCCGGUGAUGAAAACGAGAUACGUAGACAUCCAUUUUUCGGUAAAUUAGAUUGGGAUGAGCUGGAAAAGCGCAAUAUUAAGCCACCGUUCCGACCAAAAAUGAAAAAUCCACGUGAUGCCACCAAUUUCGAUACAGAGUUCACAAAAGAGGAACCAGUACUAACACCUGUUCCCAACGAUGUUAUACGCUGUAUUAAUCAGGACGAAUUCGCCGGAUUCUCAUUUGUCAAUCCGAAAUUCGGACCCGAACGUAAAGUAUUUUAAGUGGUUUUGUGUGUGUGUGUGUGUGCGCAGGCGCCUAAGGGGUUUAUAAACUUUUAUUCAAAAAAGGAAGAGCAGAAACAAACGCAAAACCAAACAAAAGGUUCAAACUUAAAGCGAUACACCUGCAAAGACAGCAGUAAAAAGCAAAUUGUACUACUUUAUUAUGAUUUUGUUAGUUUGGAAUAAGUGUGAGCAUACCCACAUACAUACAUACGUCAUACGUGCGUGUACUUAGGAAAGCCGGACGUAGUCAUCGUACGGUAAUCGCCUAAUGGGACAAAUACAUUUCAGCAUUUGAAUUGUU